UGAACUACCACGACUGCCAUGUCGUUCCUCUUCCGUAAGAACGGUAGCUCGCGGCGGAAGAUCAGAGACAAGCUUAGUGGUCGGAACUCCGACAAGAGAAAAGACGAUAGGUUUCACGGCGAAGGCGGCGGAUCCGGAUCGCCGUCGCGGCCACCACCUCCUUCGCCGUGGGGGUUCUUAUUUCCCGACGAUUUCGUUCGGAUCGACGGGAACCUGAAGGCGGUUAUCGUUGAAGACAACGGAUUGGAUGUGAUUUACUGGAGAAGACUUCUGGAGCUCGAUAACGGCGGGAAAAUUAGAAACCCUAGAACGAGAAACGACGGUAGAAAUCGACUGAUAGGAACAGGAGAACGAGAUGAACGGGAAGAAGAAGGAGAAGAAGAGGAAGACGAAGAGGAAGGAGAGAUCGAUGCGGGUCUGUACAGAAGAUCACGUCGUCGAGACAAGAGAAAUGCAUCGAUGGAAGAGGAUUUUUCGUUCCACACAAGAAAAUCUAGGUCGUCUUCUUCGGGUGGGGAGAGUCGAGGUUAUAACGAUGGAAGACGAUAUUCUUCUUCUGCUUCUGCAUCGCCGUCGAUGGCUUCUACAAGCACCAUAGAUAACUAUGGUGCCAUUGGGAAUUCCAAAUCGAGCUCUCAAACUGCGAACUUCACUCCGCCGUCGCCGCCAACCCAGAACAGCGCCGGUCCUUCGCCACCACUUCCUCUUCCUCCGUAUCAAGCCACGACGGCGGCGCCCCCACCACCCCCGCCGCCAAUCCCGGGCAAGAAAGGACCUCCGCCUCCACCGCCAUCGAAGAGUGGACAGCUUUCAAAACCACCUGCUCAUCCGAAGGAGCCGAAGAAUGAGGGCGAAAGUUCAUCAGCUUCAAGCAACGAUCCAUCGAAGCCAAAGCUCAAGCCUUUACAUUGGGAUAAGGUUAACCCUGAUGCGGGCCAUUCAAUGGUGUGGCACCGUAUGAACAGCGGCUCCUUCAAUUUUGAUGGAGAUCUCAUGGAAGCUCUGUUUGGGUAUGUAGCCACAAAGAAACAGAACGAAGGAAACAGUGCUCCACCACAGAACCCGAUUGUGUCGGCCACACAGACAUACAUUCUCGAGCCUCGGAAAUCUCAGAACAAGGCCAUUGUGCUUAAAUCUUUGGGGAUAACAAAGGAAGAAAUGAUCGACUUGUUGACUGAAGGUCAUGAUGCUGACGCAGACACACUAGAGAAACUCACUAGAAUAACUCCAACACAAGAAGAACAAGCAGAGAUCUUGGAGUUCAGCGGUGACCCGACGAAAUUGGCUGAUGCAGAAUCUUUCUUACUUCACAUCUUACGAGCAGUUCCUUCGGCCUUUGCCCGUUUCAACGCAAUGCUCUUCAAGAUGAGCUAUGGCCCAGAGGUUGCUCACCACACAGAGUCUUUAAAAACGCUUGAAUCAGCAUGCAAUGAGCUCCGAGCUCGGGGACUAUUCAUGAAGCUUCUAGAAGCAGUAUUAAAAGCCGGAAACAGGAUGAAUGCUGGCACAGCUCGAGGAAAUGCUCAGGCCUUCAAUCUGACGGCUCUGAGAAAACUUUCUGACGUGAAGAGUAUUGAUGGCAAAACUACAUUGCUUCACUUUGUUGUUGAAGAAGUUGUGCGGUCUGAGGGCAAGAGAGCUGCGAUGAGUAAGAACGAAGGCGACAUUGGCGAACCCAAUUCUGAGAAUGCUGGUACCUCUAAGGAGGAACAGGAGAAGGAAUAUAUAAAACUAGGGUUACCAAUUGUAGGCGGUCUUAGCUCAGAGUUCAUCAAUGUGAAGAAAGCAGCAGGGAUAGACCACGAUGGAUUUGCGGCCACUAGCUUGGCUUUAAGCUCGCGUGUUAGAGAGACUAGACGGCUUUUGGACCAGAGCAAAGGGGAAGAAGAUGGGUUCCUGACAAAGUUGAGAUCUUUUCUCGAAUCUGCAGAGGAAGAACUGAAAAUGGUUACAGAGGAGCAAGCUAGAGUUAUGGAGUUUGUGAAGAGAACUACAAAUUACUAUCAAGCAGGAGCGUCGAAAGACAAGAACCCGUUCCACAUAUUUGUCAUAAUCCGAGAUUUCCUAGGAAUGGUCGAAAAAGUCUGCAGUGAGAUUGCGAAGAAUCAGCAAAAGAGAAAGCCCGCAACAGCAGGAGGAACAUCGGCUUCAAAUCCUGCCGCACAGAGGAAUGCAGUUAGAUUUCCGAUCCUGCCGCCGAAUUUCAUGUCGGAGCAUUACGGAAACAGUUCUAGCGACUCAGAUUCAGAUCCCCGAUAAAACCCAGGAAGGAUUUUGACAGCCCAAAUGCAUUGGAAAUUUAAAAAAACAAAAUUCUUUUAUUGUAUAGAACAGUUGCAUCUUGAGGUGAUGAAGAAAUCCUUGGGGUUCUUGAAGAUGUGUUCUUUUGGUUUGGUUGGUGAAUGUUUUUUGGUUCUUGGACAUUAUGAAAUAUUUAUCCAAAUCUAUUCUUUUUUA